AUGUCCCGACAACGCAAAUACACGCUCCACGAAGUUAUGACGAUGCUGGAAGAUAGUCCAGAUUCUGUGCCAUCAUCUGGUGUUGAUAUUUUUUUACAACCUCCUGAAAAUGCAUGUGGAGACAUUACGGACGAAGAUUCGGUAGACGAAGACAUUCUAACAAUCAAUAAUCUCCCUGCGAGUCUGUUACGUGCUGAUGCUGAGAGAAAAGAAUUAUCUGAUGAUGAGAGUCAGCCAACUACAUCCAGUUGGAAGCCGCCCAAAAAAAAAAUGAAGGUGUACACCUGGAAUAAAAGUGACCUAGCUGAAUCAGCAAUUACCUCAAGGGCAUGGGUAACUAAAGAUAUAGUUAAAAUUGAUAAAUCACCAAUUGAAAUCUCAGAUUUUUUGACAUGGAUUUGUGCAUUUCGACGUCGCAUUACUACCGCUCUUUUAGAGACCAACUCCAGAAUUUCAAAGAGUACAGCAUGUGUUAACUGUGAUGCACGUGGUAUCUGCGAUGCACGUGACAGCUAUGAUGCACGUGACAACUGCGAUGAACGUGUUGAUGAAGAAGAUGACAACAAUGAUACAGAUUAUAUCAAUCGGGAAGUAAUCGGCAGAUUGACGGACGAAAAUAACCAACAAUUGAAUGAACUUAUAAAAUCAAACGAUUUGGAAAAGGAGAAACAGUCCCAAGAUAACUUCACCAUAAAGUUUAAAGCCGAAGGUCGAGAUAGACUGGACGAACGGAAAGAUGAAAUUGAAGAACCGAAGAACGACUGCGCACAAAUUGGCAUGCAGAAAAUGAGUGGAAGGAUUGGGAAAAGUCAUGCCAAGUCGCCACCAGGAUCGACGACGUGGUGUAUCGGGUACGAGAACGAGGCAAGCCUAGGACCAAAAUGA